AUGGCCCCACUGACCACGGCCGAACGCAUCCGCGCCGUGGAACACAUAAUCGACUAUGAGUUCCAUGACAAAGCUCUUCUUGAGAAAGCCCUCGGAGCUGCCGGCGCCACCGCGGAUCCCGAGGGUAACAAGCGGAUUGCGUUAGUCGGGGACGCUGUCUUACGCCUGGCUCACCAUGAUUCUUGUUAUCAAGACCAAGCGUCUACUGGUGAGAUGACCAUUUCACAUAAUGGUAAGGCCGCAAACGAAAACCUGUCGCGGAUAUGCUGUUCCCUGGGCAUAAGUGUCUACAUUAAACUCAAUCCUUCAGCCCGGGGCGUUAUCCAGUCGUCGCUCAUGGCAACCACCAUCGAGGCCAUUAUUGGCGCGGUCUGGUUAGAUUUGAAUAUCCUCGGGUCGCAUUUCCCGGGGGGUAUCACUAUACCCUUACGGCGAUAG